CUGACUGGAAAUCCUCUUCCGCACCUUGAGCGAGAUAGUCCCGCCUCUUCCUGUCCUUCCUUUCCGGGUCCGCAAGGGUUGCUAAGCAACCGAGCAACUCUCAGGGCGGAUGGAUGAAGUGAGGGACUCGUUCUAGGCAAACCUGUAUGAAGAGUGAGAGGAAGGCGAGAUGAAGUUUACAGACUAUUGCCUCCGCUCGGAAGGAGCUGAAGUUGUAUUGGCAACGUCCAGUGAUGAAAAAUUUCCCCCCGAAAAUAUCAUUGACGGACGAUCUGACACAUUUUGGGCAACAACUGGAAUGUUUCCACAAGAAUUUAUUAUUUCUUUAAAUAAAUGUGUAACCAUAAACAAGCUCACAAUCCAGUGCUAUUUAGUGCAAACAUUACGGAUUGAAAAAAGCAUGUCGAAAGAGCCAGUUGAUUUUGAACUCUGCAUUCAAAAAGAGUUGCAGUCUACAGAGGGAGAGCUUCAAAUUGAAGAAUUCUCUUUUCCAGAGAUGCAAGCUUCAUAUCUGAGAUUCAUAAUUUUGUCCGCUUUCGAUGCUUUUGUAUCAGUGCAUAGGGUAAUAGCAGACGUAAUAGCUUGAUAUUUUAUUUCAAACUUAAAUAUUAUUUCUGCAACACAGUAAUAACAUUGCAUUGUGUAAUACAUUUAUAAUAUGUUUUAUAAAUAAUGUUUUGUUUGUUUUUAUUAGAGUAUUUUUCUGUUGUUCAGCAUUUUUAAAUUAUUGUUUGUAUAAUAAAUAGGAUUCUUCUGCAGAAAGCAUAGUGUGUUUUCUGUAAACACGGAUCCACUUCUAGCUAUCACUAGUUUUCUAAUCUAGGGAUUAAGUAUAUGAAUGGAAAACAUUUGCAAACAUGUAACUUGCUCUAUGUCAGAAAUAUUUCUGACUGUCUUUUAAUUUGAAAUCAUUUCAACUGUGUGAAAAUGAAUUCUGCAGUCCAGCAUUUUGUUCCUUCUGGUCCAGUUAUGAAGCAUACAUAAAAGAUCCAUUUUGUUUCAAAUAAAUUUUAAUAGAAACAGGUAAACCAAGUCCUCUUUGAAGGGUUUUCAUACUACAAUAGUUUAAGCUGCAGAGAACAAUCUGUCCUGGAAGUAUUGUAUUUUAUACAUAGUUCAAAUCCAAAUAACUAUGGGAUUUGUUCCAUCUAUAUUGAACUACAUAACUACGUAGGUUUUGGAUGUGUGAUGUUUCAAAAAAGCUUUUCACACCACAUGACAACUACUUUUGAAAUGGACCAGAAUUUCAACAGUACUUUGAUAUAUACAUGUGUAGUUUUGCAAUCUAAAGUAAUGUCAUUUCAGUGAAUGAAUUAAAACACUGGUAACACUAGGGAUCCUUGCUAAUAUCCAUGCUUUUUACAAUAAAAGGUGGGUCACCUCUUAUUGUAAUGAUUAAUAUUUUUACACCAGCAGUGUUUUUUUUGUCAAAAUGUACAUGAUCAUAAUAUAUUUUCAACAUAGCCUUGCAUCACAAUAAAUAGCAAAACAGUC